AUGCAGGCGGCCGCCGCAGCCUCCGCCACCUCUGCCACCUCCGCAGCUCCCACCGCCACUGCCUCUGCCGCCGCCGCCGCCGCCUCCGCCAUCCCCGCCACCACCGCCACCGCCACCGCCGCGUCGUGCGCCUCGACGCGCGAGCACACCGACCUGGACGGCGCCGUCGUCCAGGACGGGUACGGGCCGCGCGGUCUCUCGCUGCCGCCGGACGAGUGUCGCGCCGCCUGCGGCCGCACACGCGGCUGCAACGUCUGGGUAUCGUGCGCCGACGCAAAGGCGUGCGGACAGCAGUGCUGGCUCAAGUGGGUGGAGGUGCCGUCCACGGCGCCGCUGCGCGGCGAGGGCGCACACGUGCCGUGGAGUGCAGGCACCUGUGAAAAGGACAAGCCGGGAUCGGUGCCGCUGCCGUCGGCGGAGCAGCUCGAGGCGGUGCGGGUGGUGGCGCUGCGCACCGCGAAGGGCGAGCUGCGGAUCAAGCUGCGGCCCGACUGGCACGCCCCGUCGGUGACGUACGUGCGGACAGUCGCUCUGACCGACACGUGCACAGCCAAGUGCGUCUUCUACCGCGCGGAGCCUGGCUUCCUGCUGCAGGGCGGCAUGCGCGCGGUCGUGCCUCCAAACAGCCGGUGCCGCGCCUUCCCGGGCGGGCCUGCCGACUGCACCGACCCGCAGGAGCGGCCCGGCGGGAAAAUGAUGGAGAAGGGGCAGGUGGCGUGGGCGGGAGGCAGCGCCGGGCCCGACCUGUUCAUACUGAUGGGGCGCAACGGGUUCGGCGCCACUCACACCGUGUGGGGCGAGCUGGCGGACGAGGCGUCGCUCGCGCUCGCGCUCGAGCUCGUGCAGGCGCCCAUAGAGAAGGGCCUCAAGCCCGGCUCGAUGAGGAUGAUCGCAGACCCGAUCUCGUUCACGGUGCACGUGGUGUGACCGCGUGAGAUUCCUGUGUGCGCGGUGGGCAUGUCCUGCCCUGUUUAUGUUGAAGAAGUUUGUGGUGUGUCUAA